UUUGGAAUGUUGAUCAGUCCAGGACGCAAUGUAAAGCACAGUGACAUGCAUCUACUGGACAUGGUCCAUAUGGGUCAGGGUAACGAUGGCAAAGUGUACAUUAUCUCUGGUAAUUGGGAUCCCAAGGACUCUGCAUUUGGGAUACUAAAUACGGAGACACCCAAAGACACUCGUGUAUUCAUGACAGUGGCUGUAGAUUUGGUUAUUGCUGGUAUACGGGAACCAGUGCGCUUUGUGAUUGAAACCAAGGCCAAAAUCUUCCCCCAGAAUGAACGCUUCUGGUACAUCAACAAAAAGCCACUUCAGGAGAAGUUCCAUUUGAAACUUAAGGAGGUUGAGAGCACUGAUGGCGAUGAGGCGGCAUAUGAAGUCGUCAGUAUCAUCAGUCAGACGGAGAAGGACAGGAAGAAGGCCAACCUCAGUCUGAACAUCUCCCCAACCAAGAACAUUCCGGAAGAUGUCAAGACUCCAAAUGGAGAUGAAUCCUCAGAUCCUGAUGAGCCCAUCAUGUCAGGGUCAGGCAGUGUGAGCAAGGAGAUUACAGAUGAAGAGUUGCUGAAAGCUUGGGGCGACACCCUCAAAGUCUGGCAUCAGAAUCUGGCUUUAAGGCCUAAACAGGUCCAUCAGCUGUGCAGGAAGGGGAUCCCCGAGGCCCUCCGUGGAGAGGUGUGGCAGCUACUGGCUGGAUGUCAGGACAGCAAGGACAUGUUUGAAGCCUUCAGGAUACUCAUCACUAAGGACAGCGUGAGUGAGGAUGUUAUCAUGAGGGACAUAAAUCGUACCUUCCCGGCCCAUGACUACUUUAGAGAAACAGGAGGACUGGGACAGGAUGCUCUCUAUAAAAUCAGCAAGGCAUACUCUGUGUAUGAUGAAGAAAUUGGUUACUGUCAAGGACUAUCAUUUCUAGCAGCUGGUUUAGUUUUACAUAUGCCAGAGGAGCAAGCCUUUGCUGUACUGGUGAAGAUAAUGUUUGACUAUGGCCUGCGUGAUCUGUUCAAAAACAGUUUUGAUGACUUACACUUGAAAUUCUACCAGCUGGAAAGACUUAUGCAGGACCAACUGUCCGACCUGUAUGAGCACUUCAUGGAGCUGAGGCUUGAGGCUCACAUGUAUGCCUCCCAGUGGUUCCUGACACUGUUCACUGCCAAGUUCCCUCUCUUCAUGGUGUUCCACAUCAUGGAUGUCUUCCUCAGUGAGGGCAUGAAUACCAUUUUCCAUGUGGCACUGGCACUGUUGAAAAGCAACAGAAAGGAGCUGCUAGCCUUGGACUUUGAAGGAAUUCUCAAAUAUUUUCGGGUCCAGCUGCCAAAGAAGUACAGAUCGGAGGAGAAUGCCCGCGAGCUGCUGACCACUGCUGUGAGCUGGAAGAUAAGCUCCAAGAAGCUGAAAAAGUAUGAGAAGGAGUACAUGAGCAUCAAGGAAGCCCAAAUGCAGCAGGAAGACCCUAUUGAGAGAUAUGAGCGUGAGAACAAGCGUCUGAUGGAAGCCAACAUGAGGCUGGAGCAGGAGAACGAUGACCUGGCCCAUGAGCUAGUGACCAGUAAGAUACAGCUCCGGAGUGACCUGGAUGCUAUGGAAGCUAGGACCUUUGAGUCUGAAGAUAAAGCAGAUGCCCUGGCAAAGGAACUGCUGUCAACCAAGACUGAUCUGGUGGAGCUGGAGGAGGAAAAGAAGAGAUUGGAGACAGAAUCAGCACAGUUGAAGGACAUGUGCAGGAGAGAGCUGGAAAAGCUGGACCAGGAGAGCAGCAGAAAUAACGCCAUUAUUGCAGAGUACAAGCAGAUCUGCACCCAGUUGAGUGAGCGCUUAGAGAAGCAGGCAUCUGCCAGUAAGAUAGAUCUGGCCAAAAUCAAGGAAGUGAUUUCUGGCUGUGAUCGGUGCACAAAGCUCGCUAACACGGAUACCCAGUUGAAAUCGAUGGAUACUUCGAUGACCAUUUCCGAUGGUGCGGACCCAAACCAAGUGUUGGAUGCAACCAAGCAGAUUCGGGAGCUCGAACUGGAGCUGGCACAAACGAAGCUAGCACUUGUUGAAUCCGAGUGCAAGACACAGGACUUAACGCAUCAGCUUAACGCAGCUUUAACAGAGUUACAAGCCUCAAAGAAUACUUGGUUUCAGAAGACGUUUAACUCAAUAAAAGAAGCGGCGGCAAAACGAGAUCCUAAAGAGAGGGAUAGCAAGGAUCACAAGGAAAAAGAAAGAGAGAAUAAGGAACGGAAAGAGAGCAUGACUUAAAAAGAAAAUUUAGUCUCUAGUUUAAGUGGGUCAGAGUUCACAUAACACACAAUAAAUUGUUGCUAUAGAGACCAAUAGGACAAUGGGAAGUUUGACUUAAUAGGAAGAAAUUCCAAUUCCACUACCUUUCUGUAAUCGGAAAGAAAGCUAGUGGCUGAAUCUGUUGAUAUGUGCCAAACUGUCAUUCGGGCAACAGAUUUUUAUGUGUGUCAAUUUCUUCUCAGUGUGAAAUUGUAUUUAUGGCAUAUAUAGCUCAACUGUUACGAGUCGUAGUCAGUCACCAGUGUGUGUGGACAAAGUAUUGUUAUUGACACAGACAAUUUAACUAAAAGAAUGUCACUUUUACAUCUAUAGAUUUUUUGUGCGUUGUUGAUUUACUAUGUUAGUAAAUACCAUGCUUGUAGGCAGAGGAUCACUACAUUAGAACAUGCCAGAUGUAGUUUCAUUGCUGAAAAUGUGACUCGUAUGCUGUACAUAACUAGUGUUGACAUUGUUAUUGAUGUUUUUAAAAAAAAUGAGAUGAUUUUGACUGGCACUCUUGCAUACAUUCAAGAACUUCUCAUUUUAAGAAUUGGAUUUGUGUAUAGUUCCAUGGUCGCAGUAAUAGCAGUCUGCUUGCUAAUGCUUCAUGUAUUAGUUAACGACAGCAGCAACCUACUUGUGAAAAUGCUGUGUAAUUUGAUGGAGACUUUCUUUUCUUUAACUACACCUGGUAUAAAUUGAGAUUAAAAUCCAAAGAUAUUUUCAGCCAUGCAGUGUACAACGUACUUUCAGAUGGAAGUCAUUAUGGUGUUGAUGGGUGAUAGUGCACUCCUUACUGCCUGUGUUGUGAUGUUGUGUCACGAUGGAAGUAUACUUGUGCAAUAGAACACUGUGUGUGUGUGUGAGAGAGAGAGAGAGGGAGAGAGAGCUUAAAAAUAAUCUGUGCACUGGUGCAUUUAUAAAGUUUUUGAAAGGCCGAAUAUUUUCAUGUCUUUCAAAGCAAGCACAAUUGUAUUUCAAGGAGGUUAAGUACAUCAUUUAUUUGGACUUCCUGAACUUUUUUUUUAGCCUGCAGCACUACUAUUGUCAAAUGCUAGUAUUUAAACUAUUAUUCAUUGGAUUGCUGCGUGUUUACACAUUUGUCUGUAUCUGGUUUCCUGUACAUCUUGGCAAGGUAAUUUUGCCCAAGACUGCAUAUUUUGAGGGUUAUAUUAUGGACAAUAGGGUGACUUCUCUGUCUCUUCCUCCUCUCCCCC